AAAUGUUAUCACACUUAAUCGUUAUCAAUGUAUAUUGUAUCAUAUACAUUUUGAAUUAAUAUUUCUUGAACAAAAUAAUAGUGUAAACACGAAAUUAACGAAAUUUAAUUUAUCGUGCUGGAGAUUUUUCAUUUCAACUUUCAUAUUCGUGCACGAGAUUUCAUCACUAUACCACUACCACCGCGGUCUGAACACAAUUCGUUAUGUGAUUUGUUUUUGCUGUCGAUCCGCGGUGUGAAAUAAUAAUCGCGUCGUUAGUAUCGCGUGCGACCUCUCGUUCGCAGUUCGACCUCAGUAAAAAGUUCUGUUGUUUGGUUAGCGCUCGUCUGCCGACCGCCAACACGAGCCAUUAUAGUUAUAACAUUUAUAAGUACCUAUAAAACAUUAACAGUAUGACGAAGACGGACGCUUCUGCCGCUGAGGGUGGACGGAUGUGGCCCGACCGAAUGACGGCGUGGCAAAUCGACACUUACGCGGCGUUUGAGGACUCGGCCGUGAUCAACGAUAAGGCAGAAUUACCCGCGUCACUCGGGCCCAAAGAAGUUCUGGUGCGUGUCAAAGCGUCGUCUGUCAAUCCUAUAGAUGUGCUCAUGGCCGAGGGUUAUGGACAAGUGCUAUUAGGCAGGGUCCGACAGGCGAAAAAAAAGUCGCUGUUCAGGCCCGUCGAGUUCCCAUUGACUUUGGGACGGGAUUUCGCUGGUGAAGUGGUUGCGAAAGGAGCUGAAGUCGGCUCGGAACACUUCGCUAUCGGCGACGCCGUUCUGGGUGUCGUAGCUCCUUUUCAACACGGCUGUCACGCUCAAUUUGUCACAGUUCCUGUAACUCAGGUAGCCAAGAAGCCUGAUCACAUGUCCUAUGAGGAAGCUGCGUGCUUAUUGUACACAGGCCUGACUACAUGGUGCGCCUUGACGUCGGCAGGCGGCCUAAACGCUUCAAACGCAGCCGACAAGAACAUACUGGUCAUCGGCGGAUCCGGUGGUGUCGGUAAUAGUGCAAUACAGAUACUCAAGUCGUGGGGCGCCAAGGUAACUACUACGUGUAGUACAAAUGCCAUUAAUCUAGUGAAAGAACUUGGACCAGAUAAUAUCAUUGACUACACUACCGUAGAUGCACAGAAACAGUUGGAACAAUACGGAAAGUACGACCUGAUUUUGGACGCGGCCGGGAUACCGUAUGAAGACAUCGGUGGCGCGUACACGCCGCUGUUGAAACCUUGGUCGUGGGCUAAAUUCAUUACUCUGCGCAGUCCCGUGUUGCAUAAUACUGACUCGUAUGGCAUGGUGUUGGGCAUGUUGAAAAACGCGUACGACCUGGUGGCGCCGAACGUCUGUUCGGGCGCCGUGUUCAAAGGCUCCACGAUUCGAUGGGGAUUUUUCAUGCCCGUAGAGCGUGGCAUAGAGGAGUUGGCCCUUCUAGCCGCAGAGAAAAAGAUUACUGUCCCAGUCGACAGCGUUUAUGGAUUUGCAGACAUGAAGAAAGCGUUUGGUCGGGUAAAAGCCGGACACCUCCGUGGAAAGGUGGCCGUCAAGUUCGACGAAAAGUAACGGGAAAGCCAGAGCUAACCUAUAAUAAUUCAGAACAUCAAUGAAGUGGAACGAUUAUAAUAAUGUAUUUGGCUUAUUGUAGCUUGUUUUUUAUAGUAUAAAAUCCGUUGGCAGUGUUUGCUUCUUCCCGAUGAAUGUAUGAACAUUUAAACGAUUAGGUUCUAAAUAAAAUGUAUUUAUUUUUAUACAUUCAAUUAACAUAUUUUGUAAAGUUUAAUACAUCAUAGUAAUCUGUAUUGUUUAAAAUAAAGAUAUCGUGUAAAAAAUUAGUCCUUUGAUCAUCAGCGGUAGUACAGCAGACAGCAGUAGACUGUUUUAAAACCAAAAUCGUCCAAAAACGUUUACCUAUAUUUUAUACGUGUAUUACGUGUAUCGUGUAUGUAAAAAAUUAUAUAGUUCUAAAGUCUGAAAUGUAUUAAAGUUUAAAGUCAUGUACGUCAACAUGUUAUUCAUCAAUUUUUUUUUUCUGUACAAUUAUUAUAACUUUUAAUUAUAAAACUGCGUACCUAGUAUGUUGUUUUGAUAAUUUUAUUUUAUGUUAAUUUAUUUUCUAAAUAAUAAAGAUUGAUAAUAAAGGUAUAUUAUAUAAUGUUA